CAGUGUGCACCAUGCUGCACUGGCUUCUGCUGCUCGCCCUGCUGCUGGGGGCUGCCCUCCCACAGCCUGUGCACCAGAGGGUCAGCUACUCGGUCCCUGAGGACUUCUCUGCUCCCUUGGAGCUUCCGCAGAAGCACUUUGGCCUGGUGGAUGAUUACGGCAUCAAACCCAAGCAGCCGCGCUUCCCAACCCGGGCGGCUCGGGAGCGGCCGGCGGUGCUGCGCAGAGCUGGCAAAAGCAAGCGCGAUGGUCUCGACCUGCUGGAGUACUACGAUGAUGCCCAGCUGUGAGCCAGUGUGCCCCCGUGCCCACCACAGCCCCACAGCUGCUGUGUCAUCAUACUGCAAGAGAUUGACUCUGCCACUGCAAUUAAAAGUCACCCCAGAUGGAUGUGAUGGGAAGCUGUGCCAUGGUCACAAGGAGGAGAUGCUGUCACCCCAGCCUGCAGCUGGAAAGGGCAGGAGC